UGAGUCUCACAUCUCAUCAACCGCUUACAACCGCUAAAGUGCGCAUUGUCGGAAACUGUUGCUAGCUCUCACGCUUCUAAACCAUAAACGAUGAUGGGUGUUCACCUCUCACUCUCUACUCUCUCAUUGAAGCCUCUGCUAAGCGUUGGGUAUCCUUUUGCAAAUAGUACCAUGUUCAAGUUAGAGCACCGUUCAGAUACUUCUCUGACAAUCCCAUUUUAUCAAGUUAUAGUCCAUCAGGACUCAUUCAAGAAUGGACAAAAAAUGAAGGAUGAGUACGAAAAGCCCUGCCAAAAAAUUGAAGAUGCUGUCCAAAAAUUGGCUUCUCUUGAUUUUUCUAGUGACUCUGGAUUUUUCUCACAUAGACAGCAGGAACCAUCCCACUAUAAUCAAGGGGGCAGCAGAGCCGGCGGCCAUGGCGCGCACUGAGAAGAGAGAAAGGGCAGAGGGCGAGAGAGUCCGGAUGGGUGAGAAGGAAGUGGCAGUGGAGUUCGGGAGGGCCUUGGAGAAGAAGAAGGCUCGGGAAGCUGCUGAUCGCAGACCACUACCAGUAGCAAAAGCAGCGAGAGUCGUUGGAGGAGGUUGUUUACCCUUCUAAUCUCUCUAUUCUUUCAUACCUUCGUUAAACUCGUCAACAUCUUAUAUUAAUUUUUUUAUAUAAAUAAUAAGACGAAAAAUAAUGUAUGAAAUGAGAAGAUGAAAGAGAAUAUAAAUAGAAGGAUAGAGAAUUCUGCCUCA